AUGGAAGUCGCCAAUUGUACAAUAUCUUUUAAUGAAGUCGAAAAAGCUCGGGAAAAUAUUUCGAAAUUUAUUCACAAAACUCCAGUUUACACAAACAGUACAAUUAAUAACAUCACCGGAAGAAGUAUAUUUUUUAAGGCGGAAAAUUUUCAGAAAACUGGAUCUUUUAAGGCACGAGGAGCCCUCAAUACAGUAACGUGCAUGAUGAAUAGUGACCUUCACCCAGAAGGCGGAAGUGUAACUUGCAGUAGUGGUAACCAUGGUCAAGCCCUUGCAUGGGCAGCGAACACUGUCGGGCUACCUAGUAGUGUAGUCAUACCACGCCAUGCCCCAUUAAUUAAAAAAGAAGCCAUCAAAGAAUACGGAGCAAAUCUUAUUGAAUGUGGUUCUAAAUAUAUGGACAGAGUGACAAUGUGUCAGAAGGCAGCUUUGGAAUUGAAUUAUGAUAUCAUUCCCUCAUCAGAUCAUCCAGACGUUAUAGCAGGACAGGGAACAAUUGCAUUGGAAUUCUUUGAAGCAAUACCAAAUUUAGAUGCUUUGUUUGUAAGUGUUGGUGGAGGAGGAAUGAUAGCUGGUAUAGCAAUUGCAGCUAAACAUAUCAAUCCGGAUAUUAAAGUGUAUGCAGUAGAACCAGAUGGGAAAAUACUGGAGAAAUGUUUAAGAUCUGGUCAAAAAUUGUGGCCUGCUCCACCUCAAUACUUGGACACGAUUGCUGAUGGUAUAAUGAGACAAUCUGUUGCAGAUGUUGCUUGGCCUUAUAUGCUGGAAAAUGUUGAGAAGGAGGUGUUUACAGUGAAUGACGAGGAAAUCGUUAACGCCAUGAAAUUUGUUUUCGAAAGAAUGAAAUUGGUUAUAGAAACAUCAGCAGCAGCUACAGUUGCAGCAGUUAUGUCGGAUCAGUUUAAAAAGCUGGAUGAUACCAUCCAAAACGUUGGAGUGAUAUUGUGUGGUGGAAAUGUAGACAUAAAUAAUUUACCAUGGUAGUUGCUUGCAGUUGGCUUUUUCCAUUAUUCAUUUUGAACAAUAUACUUUCAAAAUCUGUAUAGCGUAAACAUGACCUUAAUAUCUUUCAAAACAUAACUUUGAUAUCUUCUGUAGGCGUAUCAGAUGGUCUUUUUUUUCUUUUUUGAAGACGUUUUUAUACUUAUUUCUUUACUUUAUUACUAAAGCAAGAUAGCAAGAUCUCUAUCCAAUAUAGUGUGAACAAUACCUUUAUAGCUUACUGAAUAACGAUAUAUUUUUUUCUCCAAUUGACUGCAAUCUCAUUUAUACAUAAACAAAUAUUUUUUUAAACGUUUUUAAUACUUAUUUUCUUUACUUUAAUAUCAACGGGAUCUCUAUUAUUUGUUUUCCCAAUGAAUAAAUUACGAAUACUUUAUAAAUAGUAAAUAAGU